UUUAUCCUGAACACGUUGAUCCUAAUUUUGGAUGCUAUGAAGAAGAUAUUUAUGUUCUACCCAUUAAAAUCUUCCCUCAAAAAUAUCUAUACUGGUUGAGGAAAAGAUCUUCCAGUUCCAGGUUUGUCGGGAUUGUCGACCACUUUUUCCUCUUAAGCUUGGGCAACAUAUCUUAGUAGUCAUUUGCUCUCCACGUACAACACUUCUGCUUCAUUUGUGGAGGGCUUUAGCCAAGUUUAUCUUCAAUUUUCUGGGCUUGGGGAGUUUACGAUGGAGAACCAAGUGGCGAGGAGGAUGAACUUGAUCAUGGGCCACUUUGCUGGCAACGAGGAGUUAUCAGCCAGUCACGUCUUCCCUGUGAACUGCAGUAGUAGUGUGAACUCUGUAAUCCAGAGGCGUGAUAAUAGACUUUUCUUUGCACGACAAGGAUCAAUAUCCCAAGCUUGUUUCAUGAGACAAGUUUCAAACAAACAGAUUUCUGGGCAAGGUAGCUUGGUUCAGUCUGGUGUGCCUCUCAGUUGCUCUGGUUCUGUUAAUGGAAACUCUUCUUCAGAUGUUUCUGGAGUCCCCAUCCCCAUGUUCUCUAAACCAGUUAAAAAGGAACCUGAGUUACCAAACACUGCAGAUCGCCAAUGUGCUAAGCAAGACUGUAGAUUAGCUGCAAUUGAGCCUCCUAAAUUUGCCAGACCAAAUGAAGGAUUGGAAGGACGAAAGCAGUUUUCCUCCAAGUACAUAAGGCAUAAUUCAAGAUCUAAUGGCAAUGAAUGGUAUCCACGGAUGGAUGUUGCAGAGUUUGGACGAAAUUAUAUUGUCAGAAUAGAACUUCCUGGGAUCAGUGCUAAUGACAUAAAGGUGGAGGUUGAUGACCAAAACUUGGUUGUGAUGGGUAAACAGUCAACCCAAUGGUGGCAAGUAGCUUGUGGUUCUGGGUAUCCUAUAGCAGCAUAUCGCAGAAGGGAAAUGUCACAAGGGCCAUACCAGGUUGUUUGGCCACUUCCUAAUGAUGUGAACAAGGAUAGUGUUUCAGCUGAGUUUCUGGAUGGAGUCCUACAAGUCACCCUUCCUAAGCUUUGAAAAUUCAAUUCACAUAUUCAAUGUAUAUGGUUUAGCUGUUUUGUAUAAAUCCUAUCAAUUAAUUUCUGAAGUUCAUUAUGUAUGCAUAUAAAAACCACCUUACUGCUGUAAGGACUAUGCAGAUGCAGCCUUCGGAUACUACUGAACAGAUAAAUAGAAUGGGAAAUUAAUAAAUGCGAUUAGUGUGCAUGGUUUACUACUUUGCUUAGGCUGUGUUUGGUUUGGUAAGAAAGAAAAACACAAAGUUCAGGGAAAUUUCUUAACAAAUUUUAUGAAACUCCUGAUAAGUGACUACUUUCCCUCAACUUACUGAUUUUCUCUUACUUUUCUUCAUAACCAAACACAGCCGUGAGGAGAGACUGGAUUUAGUAGGCACACCCUUGUGAGCGGGCAGGAGUCAACAUGUCCCAACUGAGUUCGGCUUCGGUCUGGGCAAAGCUCAUUCGAGCAGUUUUUAUUGCCUUGCACUGAGAAUAUCUUCAUACUUGUGUACUACUUUAUAAUGGAGUUCGGCUUCAAUUAGGGCAGAGGCUAUUUGAGCUGUUUUUAAUAUCUUCAUACUUGUAUGUCUUGUUUCAUAGAGAGAGAUUUUCAAUGAAAAAUAUAAACAUAUUCGAUGCAUAUUUUUUAUUUCCACUGUAGAGUUAUAAACAUUUAAAAAUUCAAAAACCCACACUCUACGCAUCCAUACCCGCUGUGAAUUUGCCUCAAUUCGGAGCUGGCAACUAUCCACAUGUAUUUUGGGCUUACAAAUUCUGACCUCGGGCUGAACCGUCAUCCUCCCCGUAUUUUCAAUGCAACGUUGCGAACGGUGUGGGCACAGGUACGGAGGUAGGUUGCUGUAUUGUCAAGCCAGUAAAAGCUGCUCGAAUGAGCUUUCCCCUGACUGAAGCCGAACUCGGCACAGGUUUGCCCUAAUAAAGCUGAUCUGCAAAUCGCAGUAAAGAGGGAGGCAGUACGGACCAACAGAACCGUGACCGUUCUGUUUAAGCGUUGUUCGUCACUGCAAGUUGAGAGCAAUUUCCAUGGCGUCUAGGGUUAGGAUUUCUGUUUUUCUAACUAUUGCUCUGCUCUUACUCCUCAAUACGUUCUAUGUUGCCUCUUCGCUACCACAUGGAGCCGGCGGCGAUCGAUGGAUCUCAUCGGGUUCUUUUCGGAGUUCUCUGAGUCUCCAGAAGAACAACCAGAUCCCAAAUUGUAGACAGAUGGCUUCGAAAUCUGAGUGCUUGCAGAACUCCAAAUGCCGAUGGUGCCUCAGCGGUUCUAUUGACGACAUGUGUUUCAGCACUUAUGAGGCUUGGAGGUUACCGCAACAAGUGUUCUCUUGUGAAUGAGUUUCAAUCUCAUUUGUUUCCCUCUCACUCUCAAUAUCUCUUUUUUCUAUUUUGAAUUUAUGUUGGUAAGAAGAUAUUUUGUAGCUCUGCCUUGUGAUUGAAUUGGGGGAUCUUGUUCCCCGUGUGCUGAAAUUGUAGAAAAGAAUCCCUUUAUCCACAACUUCUUGCGUUUUGAUCUUGAGUUUAUAUGAAUUUCCCAAAAAUGGUCUACUUGAUUUAA